CUGACAGAAGUAAACUUUGUUUUAAAUUGUAAUCUGGUUUAAUUUGUUAUUACCAUUAGCUGGCAUUACUACUUAAUUUUCAAUAGAUUCAUUUGCUUUUGAUUAAUUUCAUAUGUGUUAUAUUUAUAUUUAAUAUUAUUUACAUUGCAGAAUGCAAGGGAUUUUAUUUGAUUAAGGGUUGUUUCCUUUAAAUAUUUUGCAUAUAUUUUAACUGUUUCGGACGUAUAUUUUAUACGUCAUUUCCUGUGUGCUGGCGGGAGAGGAAUAAGUUUGGCGAGCGGCACUGGAGUUGUAGACUGCAUGAAAAAUUAAGAGAAUAUCCAUUAGCAAGGAUUUUCAAACAUUCCCUCUUAGCUCACAAGCAGGCAAAAGUGUUCUACGGUGUUUACGUCAGUGCUAAGUGUGCUGUAAUUAAACAUCAGUGUGCAAGACGCUUGGAACUUCGCUUUGUGACUAAGAGCGGCAUAGUAGAACACUUCUCUGCUUCGGCGAAAGCUCCGAGAGCAAGUCCAGUGAAGCUACGCGCGAAGUGCAGAAGUCGGCGAGCGAUCGAGAGAGAGAGAGACGCUGCACGCAAGUCAUGGGAAAUGCCACAUUUGGAGCGGUAACAUUUGAAUAAAUAAGCAAGCAGACAAGAGAAGGCAAAGCAAGAACCUUGAAUUUGGGUCUUGGAAGUAGCGCAAGUACUUGUAAACUGCAGCUAAGGUUUCAAUUGUGCCGUAUCUUAUUUGUGCUUAAAGGCAAAUGUGAAUAUUUAUGUUGUCCGUAACUAGCAAACUAGUAAAGUAAUCAUAAAUACCUUAUUUCUGAAUUAGCCAAUUUAAGGUUUUCGCGUGAAAUAUUUAAUCAUUCAUAUAACUUCAUGCAAGUGUGUCAUUUAUAUUAAUAUUGUUCUAAGGACAUGUUUAACAUUUUCCACUGUUUGACCUUUAUAGAUUCAUUGUGAUUUUCAAGUAUUUAAUUCUAGCAUUUAUAAUUUGAUAUGUUUAUGUAAGGGUUUACCUAAGGCAAUUUAAGUUAUAUUUAUGCACUUAUUGAAAGCAACUAGCAACUUGAAAGGGGCACAUUUCAACUGAAUUCACGUAGUUAAGGUAUUUGUCGCAACACAUUUUAACAUGUCAACCACUAAGGAGGAAAUACUGCAGUCCAUUCAUCAAGUAAGCCUUCAAGACCCUUCCGCAGAAGGUGGCGAUGCAGAGCACCUCGCCCUACCACAGCAGGCUGAACCCAGUAAAGAUACUGAAGAAGCUGCUCAAGACAGUCAGCACCAGUCAGAGACAGUUAACAUACAACAGAUUCCAGAUUUCAGGAGAAGCCAACGCAUACGUAAACUCACAGAAAAGGGAAAAGAGCUGCUAGAUGCCAAAUUAAAUGAUCUAAAAAGGGAUUUUGAAAGGAUGUAUGGAAGGUGGAAGUAUCACGUCAACGGUUUGAAAAGAUCCAUUAAGAACAAUGAUGAUGCAGAUUUAAUUAAUGAGGUUGCGAACAUGAUUAAUACCAUCCAGUCUGAUGUCGAUAAUAUUUAUGACAAAAUCAGAGAUAUUACAAGCCCAGAACCUGAAAUCCGAAGAAAAAAUUACACAUGUCAUGCGAUCACUAGGGUUGCCAACGAAAAGGUCCGAUGCUACCUCGAUGGAGUCUCUGACUUUGAAAUCUUAUCCUGGCCUGAUGCUGAGUCAGUGUUUGACACCACAGUGUCCAGUGUCAUCUCUGCAACUACCAGUAAGUCAAGGACUGGUUCUAAGGGGUCCAAGCAAUCUUUCUACAAGUUACUACAGAAAAAACAUCAAGCAGCGGCUGAUGUAGCAGCCACGCAAGAAAUAAUUAAAAUAAUGAAGACACAACAUCAGUAUGAGGAGGAAAUUCGAAAUCUUGAGGUGGAGGAGCAAAGGUUAAUGGCAGAGAGAGAAGUUGAAGAAAGGGAAAUUGAAGUGGAGAAGGCAAGAAAAAGAGCUCAAUUUAUCUCAGAAAGCACAGCUAGAAAAUUGAGGUUGGAAGAGAAAAGGAAAGAAGUUGAACAGUUGAAGGAAUUGAAAAGGCAAAAUGUGGCACAAGCAAGGCUACAAGUAUAUGCCGAAAGCAUUAACGGUGAUGAGGAAGAAAGCUUAACUCCUCCUCCCUCUCAGCAAAGCCAAGAGGUUUAUCCUACUCAACCAAAUUUACCAGUCUUUCUCCCUCAACCAGUUAUACCCACCCAAGCUUCUUCCCUGCAUCCUCCUAUGUUCACCUCAGUUUCUUCUCCACAACGAAACAGGUUUUUAGAAACUCCAACCCCACCACCAGCCACGUUUGCUACCUCUCAUGAAUCUUCUAACGACCUCGUGAGAACACUUGCUGAAGCAAUUACAGCUAAUCGCAUUCCUAUUCCUGAACCUAUUGUUUAUUUAGGAGAUCCGCUAAAAUACAAUGACUGGAAGCUGUCCUUCCAGACACUAAUUGAUCGUAAGAACCUGCCAACUCAAGAGAAACUGUUUUUUCUGCGUAAGUAUGUUGGUGGGCCAGCAAAGAGAGCAAUUGAAGGUCAUUUUCUGGUUGGAACAGAAACUGCUUAUCGUGCUGCUUGGGACAUACUUGAUGAAAGAUUUGGUAAUCCAUUUGUAAUUGGCAAGUCGUAUCGAGACAAGAUACAAUUAUGGCAUAAGAUUAACCCCAAAGACAGUAAUGAUCUACGCGAAUUUGUAGAUUUUCUGAGCAGCGUUGAAUCUGCCAUGCCCUACGUUCAAGGUCUACAAGCUCUAGAUGACUGUAUUGAAAACCAAAGGAUCGCAUCCAAGUUACCAGAUUGGUUGAGUUCACGAUGGAACAGAACAGUCACAAAGUUCCAGGAUGAACACAUGAGGUUCCCUGAUUUCAAAUAUUUUGUAGCAUUUCUCAACAAAGAAGCCCGAAUUGUGUGCAACCCUAUCACAUCUUUGCAAGCGAUGAAGUCAUCGGAUCAUGAAAGGACUCAACGGACCCGCAACUUUGGUGCCAAAACGUUUACCACUAAUUCCUCCGAGAGGAUAAAAUUCAUGUGCAUCUUUUGCAAGAAACAAGGCCACACUCUCCAUAGUUGUCGCAAGCUUAUGAGUAGGCCAGUUGAAGAAAGAGUUAAAUUUGUACAAUUGGAGAAGUUAUGUUUUGGCUGUCUGAAGGGUGGCCAUAACUCCAAAAGCUGCGCAUCCAGAAGCGUAUGUGAAAAAUGUUCAAAACGUCACCCCACAUGCCUACACCAAGAUCGUGAGAAGAAGGAUAAAGAACAAAGACUAAGAACCUAUCAAGAACAAUUAAAGCUGAACCAAGAGUCUAAAGAAAGGGGAUCUGAAUCAGCAACAAUGCAAGAAUCUAAGCAAGCAACCUCCAACAGAGUUGUACAAGAAAGAGGUAACACCCAUACCUCACCAAUUGUUCCAGUUUACGUUUCAACAGUGACUGAACCAGAUAAGGAAAUUCUGGUGUAUGCAUUGCUUGAUAGCCAGAGUGACACUGCAUUCAUCCUCAAGGACAUAUCGGAGAUGCUGAAUGCCAAGAAAGAAUCCUCAUUCAAUGUGCCCAAUGCUGCCGUGCAGUUUGCAUGUGGAGGAAUGUAA